AUGAACGGAUACCAGCUCCCGUUCGUCGUCCACUGCGUUUUCUGCGGGUGGUUUAUCGCUGAUAAAGCUGGCUCUGUUUCGUGGAUGAAUCAGUUUCGCGGUCUAUGCCGAAGCCGAGAGGAGGGUGUUCAUGUGACCGGCGUCGGCCUCUACUCCGAUCCGCAGUUGGGCCGCUUCAUCGCGCCUCAAAAUGUUGAUGCUCGGUGGUGCGACCCUGGCUAUGCAAAUCCGGACCUAGAUCAAUUUGGGGUAUUGUUCCGGGGCGAGUGGCUCGAAAUCAACGGGAAACGUGGCCACGUCUUCCACGAUGCCUGCUGGUCUCUCGUGAAACAGGCAUAUCAUCCGACCCAGGUCCCUUGUGAGAGACUAUUCGAGGUUUUAGACUCCCUGAUCAUGACAGACUCAAUGUGUCCAAGCUUGGACUGGGGCCACGACUACGGAGGACUUCAAGGAUUUCUUGAGGACCAAAUUCACGAUUGGGAGACACAGGUCGAUGACGGCAAUUAUCUAACACCAUACGACGGUAUUGAAGACGUUCUUCAAACACCGGCAUAUUACAACGUUAACCCCUUAGCUACUUCCGAGGUGGAAGCAAUUCUGACCGAAACUCCACAAGCGCCGCCUUCUCGGGUCCCGUUACUGCCCACCGAAUCAUCAUCACCCGGCCGGGAUCCAUUCGCCUCACUUCCCGUGGAGUUGCGCUCCGCUAUCGCGACCUACCUCUCAACUCCAGACACCCUGAACACACGCCGCGCAUCGCCGUCAUUCUGGUUUAUCUUCGACAGCCAACAAUUCUGGGCAUCUCGGUUCAGGGGAAAGGCCUCGGAACGCUCAUGGCUCUUUGAAGCAGUCUCGGGUUCCGAAACCCGUGGCGUCGUUGGACACAGAGAUUGGCGUGGACUGUACCAGCGUACGGCCGAUGCCGGCCUAGCUGAGGGCACACGAAACAGGAAGCGGAUUUGGGGCCUUAUUAUACAACACGUGGUGGACGUUUUGGCGCUCUCUUGGAACGAACUGCCUCACGAGGUGCCACUUCCCUGGCAUAUCCCGCCUCUCCCAGAAGAACAUGGGAGCCCCGAGCAGUCAUGGAUUACGGCUGCGGGGUGUCUACCGCUAGAUACAAAAUAUCACGGACCCUGUAAAGGUUCCAAAGUCCAAGGGGUGGCCAUUCCGACGAAUGAUAUCUCACGGGUCGCUGUCUCCACUGUCCUCUUCGGCGGAAACGGAUACAUCUGCGGCUUGUCCCUCACUGCUACCAACGACGAAGUGAUCCAAUUGGGUUACAGCCUCGCUGGCAGCGAGCAUUCCUUGCAACUCCAUGGCGCGGCAUUGAUGGGCUUUAACCUUGCCGUCGGCGUGGGUGGCAUCCAAGCCCUGCAGUGCGUCAGUGGCAGUAAUGCGAGGAAGCACCUGUCUGCUUGGAUCGGAUUUACCGAUGGCGUACCUAUAACAGAACGACUGGGCCGAGUCACGACGAGCGGGGAGACUAUGGCUUUGAAGCUCGAGUUUGACGCGAUGAUGACUCAAAUGCUUGAGGCUCAAAAGAAUUAUUAUGAGAAAAAGCUAGCUGAGAAAUCGACAAAGCGACAGAAGACCACGUUUGAGAAAGUUCCAGAGCUCAAGAAAAAGGAGGACUUCUUGACAUGGCGUGACAAGUUGCUCACGUCGCUGAAGAGCGCAGGGCUGGAAGCCCACAUCCUUACCGGCGUGCCGGAACCGGCAGAUGACGACGAGAAGCGCCAGUGGCGAUACGACCGGAUCGACGUUGACAACCUCAUCCAGAGCACAAUUGCGGAUAUCAACGUGUGGACUUUGUUGCGAGGACAAGGCUGGAAGGUUACCGACCAGGAUCCGAAAUCGACAUUUGACCAUCUGACACAGCACUUCGAUAAGUACACCCACAAAGCGACAUACGACAUUGCACGGGAGUUCUUCAAUAUCAGGCGUGGCGACUAUGACAAGUUCACCACAUUUCAGAUUCGGCUCAACUAUCUGUAUCAGCGGAUAAAUGAGACUGACUACAAGAUGCAAGAGUCAGCGGCAACCUUGAACGCCAUCCAGGCGAUUUCCGACGCCUACCCGGAUCUGUAUACCAGGUCGAUGACGAAUCUUCGAAACAACAAGUUGUCGUGGGCGGAUUUGAUGCUGGAAUUCAACGAACUGGCAUCCCAGGAGGCGACCCAGCCGGCAUUGAGCAACGUCAAAUACGGCAAGGACAAGACUAAGAAGGUAGAAGGAGAUGCCACAUCGUCGUCGUCAAACACUCGGUCGACUUCGAUGACCAACAAGAAUAACGAGAGACAGAACUCCUGGAAGUCGAAAAACCAGAGGGUUGACUGCAAGGAAUGCGACAAGGACAUUUACACUGGACAGGCGCAUUGCGGAGGCUGUGGCUUCCACUACCCGAAGGCAUUAAUCUGCUGGUGGUGCAAUCCGGAACAGGCCCCGGAAAACUGGCCGAAGAGAGACAGUGCCCUCAAGGCGAAGGCAACGAAAACCUCCUCGUCGACAUCGACAUCGUUGACUAAAUCGUCGUCGGCAUCUUCGUCGACAACGGGCCCUCUUCAUCAACAGUCUGGAAGCCUCCUGAUGGAGUUGUACGAUUAUCGAGGCGUACCAGCUGUCAGAGAUGCACUGCCGACCUCAACCAACAGAGGAAACCAACCGAAACCAGAGAUGGCGUCAGUCCCAUACCGCAAGAUGCACAGAAGGCUAAUGCAUGCCGGCAAAUCAGUUGUUGAAGAAGCAUGUCGGCGUGCAGGCAUCGAAUUGACCGCCAAACAAGAUCACUUUUGCGAAGGCUGUACAAUGGGAAAGAUGACGGACGAACUGGGCAAAUCAGCCCCCAUCCAAGGCGAUAAUCCACUUGACUUCAUUCGUGUCGACACGGUUACUCAUGAAAAACCGGGAGCGUUGGGAUAUAAAUACAGCGUUCACAUCAUUGACAUCGACACGAACUUCCACUGGGUCAAAUACACCAGCACAAAGGGUCAGAUCUUCGACCUGUUGAAGGACUGGGUGGUCAUGGUUCACACCCAGACAGGUCGUUGGGUGAAGAUGAUCGGCAUUGAUGGCGGCACCGAAUUCGGACAAUCGCCUAUUCCAUUCGUUGACGAUAAGUUCAAGAGGUGGGCGAGGGAGAAAGGCAUUGUGGUCCUUCAGACCCCUCCACACACGCCGUGGAUGAACGGCAAAGUUGAACGCGCGGCGAGGGAGGUUCUGGAUAAGACGCGCGCGACGAUGAUUGCGUAUCAGAUUCCAGAACACCUCUGGACCUUCGUGAUGGAAUCAGUCGUUCAAGUCAAAAACGUACUGCCCACGAAUGCGAAUACGGGCAACAGGUGCCCACAAGAGGCCUUUGCGAAAGGUGUCGGUAUGCCAAAGUCGACAUGGACGCCACACAUCACCCACUUUCGAGCCUACUUUUGCGAGGCGUAUUACUACGUCAAACCGAAAUACCGGGUCCAAUCCGACAAGUUUGCCGCGCGCGCCGAGAAAGGACGCCUGAUCGGUUACGCUGACCUGCAUGGCAAAAUAUACUGGAUUUGGAAUCCGAAGACCGGGAAGAUCAUUCGCGCCAGCGCAGUCAAGUUCAACGAAGGCCCAGACUUUGUUCCUGACGAAGAUGUCGGAACGGAUGUCGAAUACGAAGCGGUUUUUACCGACACGACAACGCAAGAAGAAGAAGAAGCGGUCGUGGAAAAACAAGACUGGGUGACAAUUACCCAUCCGGAUCAAACAACAACAACGAUUAGCCUUCAGGGGGGGGAUUCCACUGCGACAGAAAAUGAACUGCCCGCAAUCGAGAACGAACCUCAACAGAGCGACGAAACAACGGAAAUGCAGAAAGAAAAACAUGUCGCUCAAUUACCGACUCCAGAGGCCACUCCAGAACCAACGCUUGAUGCGGAGGAUCGCAUGGAGAUUGGGAGAGAUCUUCCAGUGCCAAUUAACCAUUUGUCGCCAGGAAUUGGCAAUUUGGUGACCGACGAACCCGGAACAGUGGCACCGACUACGUUGUCGACCCGCCCGCGGCGCCAAAAGGCUAAAUACGGUACCGGCACAGAGGAAGGUUAUUAUGCUAAAUUGAGCAGGGGUGAAUUGCCGGGACAGUCGUUUUAUGCGGCGCACCUGGAUAUCCCUGAACCCGACGAACCAACAAUUGGCAUGGCGCUUUCAAGUGUGAAGGUCGAGAACGACAUUGCGCAAUACCUGCAACCCCAAAUACCGAAGAACCAUCGACAGGCGAAACGCCUUGAGAACUACAAGGAUUACUGGCUCAAGGCGAUGUUGAAACAAGAUGCCAGCUUGCGCGACAAAGAAGUCUACGAAUUGAUUCCGAAACGCCCAGGCAUGACGAUUUUGCCGAGCAAAUGGGUAUUUGACGAAAAAAUGAAUCCGUCAACGGGAACAACAGAUCCACGCGCAAGAUGGGUUGUUUGUGGCAAUUUCGACAAAGACUCUUGGAAUAGUGAAGACGUUUUUGCCGCCGUCGUCAACAGCGUUUCAGUCCGUACAUUUCUUGCUGUCGUCGCAGUGCGAGACUUGGAAUGCCUGCAAUACGACUUCAUAACAGCGUUCUUGAACACGCUGAUUCCGAAGGGCAUCGACUAUUACGUUGAGCCCCCAGAAGGUUUGGACAUUCCGCCUGACAUGGUUUGCAGGUUGAGAAAGGCACUUUACGGCCUGCGGAAAAGUCCACAAUACUGGUUCAACACGGUCAAACCUUUACUCGAAGAAAGAGGCUUCAAGGCACUCGAAACAGAUGCCUGUUUGUUUCGACACAAACGCUACGACAUUCUUCUGGUGCUUUACGUCGACGAUCUUUUGAUUGCGGCGCCCUCGACCGCCAUGAUCCACACGGUCCGCGACGAAAUUAUCAAGCAGUUCGAAUUGAAAGAACUCGGCCCGGUGAAACGGUUCCUGGGCUUCGACAUCGUCCGCGAUCGCAAACAAAAGAAGAUCUUCGUAUCACAAGAAAGCUACACACGGGCAUUACUGGCAAAGAGAGAAAUGUCAGACUGCCAUCCGACGCCAACACCGUGGCCCAGUAAAAUGGAAUUGCCGGCGACAUGGGAACCAGUGAUGAAACGCCAGAAGGCGUAUAUCAAAGAUACCGGCUCCCUCAAUUGGCUUGCGUGUGGUACAAGACCCGACAUCGCGUAUACCGUUUCGAGGCUGGCGGAGGCCAACGCUGGCCCAUCACAAGCGCACCUGGACCUACUUAAGCAUGUGUUUCGAUAUCUGAAAGGCACAACGGAUCUCGGCAUUGAGUUCGGCGGCGACGAAAUUAGCUGCGACGACAUGCGAAUGAUGGCGUUUGCGGAUGCAUCGCUAGCCGACCGACUACCAUCACGACAAUCGACAGGAGGCCAUUCGGUCUUCCUUGCCGGGGCACCAGUACUCUGGAAGUCAAAGAAACAACCUUUCGUCGCAUUGAGUACGACGGAAGCCGAAUUUACCAACUUGACACCCACCGCAUUGUCGACAAUGUGGGUGUCGCAGAUCUUGAAGGACUGUGGCAUUCCACAGAAGAUACCGACAGUGAUUUUUACGGACAGCAACAACGCGUACAAAACGGUACUUAACCCGAUGAACAGAGCGCGCACACGGACGAUUGAUAUCCGCUACAAGUGGAUAAUUGAGAAGGUUCAGAAAGGAGAGUUGAGUGUCAACCAUUUGCCCGGGGCACAGAUGCCAGCCGACGGUUUGACAAAGCCGUUAUCGAAGGAGAAACACGCGGCAUUUGUGGGGAUGAUGGGCAUGAGAGCGAAGAAGAUUCCGUGGGCGAAGUAA